AUGAACAAGUUGGUGAUUCUGGGACUUUUGGUGGCGUCCGCGGUGGCAGUGCCCAUGCCAGACCCUAACGUCGUGCAGGUGAACAGGGAUCUCGAUUGCUUGGAGCAAGAGAACGCGCUGUUCAGUUGCGUCUUCGUCAAGACCGUCAGCACGCUGGACAGGGCUGCCAGGUCCAGCGACAUCGACAUCAUCGAUGGCGUCAAGUUCGUGCGGGAUACGCCUAUGGAACGCAACGGCAAAGACCUGAAGACUGAGAUGGACAUCAUGAACGAGCUGCCCAGGGACACCUCCGACAGAGCUUUGAAAUUGGUCAGCAUGCUUUACGAGUCGGCGAUGUCCUUCAUGAAGUCUCACAGCCUGAAGCUGAGCAUGCCCGACGAGGGAUCAAUUUCUCGCGCUCUCAACGAAGGUCGCGGCAAGAUGAAGAAGAUGAUUCUUCCCAUAAUCGCCGCAGUAGCACUCAAGAUUUUCGCUCUGGUGCCCAUCCUUCUGGGAGGUCUGGGUCUCCUGGUCCUGAAGGCUCUGUUCGUAGGCAAGAUCGCCCUUCUGGUAGCCGGUGUGUUAGCUUUCCAGAGGCUGUUCGGCAGUGGCAGCUCGGGAGCCGCCAGCAUCUUCAGCAAGAACACCCAGCCUGCCCCUGCGUGGCUCGACAGCGGUAGCCAGCCUUGGCCAGCCUCUGCUGCGACCCAAUCCCAAGGAUACUACAAGCGGAGCUUCGACGAGAAGAUGGACGCUCACUCGAUGGCGUACGCUGCUCAGGCACCUAUCAUGAACGAGGCUCACUAA